GAUGGAACAUCGGGAGAGGAGCGAGCUCCCGGAGCCGCAGCUCGUCUUCUUGAAGGAUACAAUGCCAAGCCUCUGUUUCGGAAAUACUUUCUCGAAUGCGUUAUGGCGCUGUAUACCCUCGGAGUCGUAAUGUACAGCAUUCCCUUACAUUCGCUGAUGUUCAAGAAAAGCUGCUUGUAUGUGGCAGGCUUCAAUGAAACCGUGUGUUCAGAUCUAGAACAACAGGAGAAGAAUAUUAAGAAUCCCGUUCUGGGGCACGCGAGCAUUUACAGCACGUUACGGGAUGUAGUGCAGAAUGUUCCUGCUGCCGUGGCUGCUGUGAUCAUCGGAAAUUAUCUCACUCGAUACGGAUUCCGAACACCUCUGAUUGUUACUCUAGGAGGGGGUGUCUUGACUAGUGUGUGCCAUCUGCUUACAGUCUUCUACAUGCCUGCACCGCUGCUUUUCAACGCCUUAGCCGAUCUUCCCGGAUCGAUCGCAGGUGGGACUAUAGUGAUAUCCACCGCGGUCUACACGAACAUCGCGACGAGGGUCCCAGAGUCCUUGCGACUUCACCGGAUGACCACCAUGAGUCUCUGCGCAGGGUUGCCGGCUCUCAUCGCUAUUGGCAGUGGAGCAGUUUUGUCCGAAAUACUCGGCAUGAAGAUUCUCUUGGGCCUCGCAGCGAUUAUUUUGACGAUUCCAGCCGUCAUGGUCAUCUUUUUUCUCGAAGACAUCGAAACUCCCGAAGAGAACAAGAAUGACAGCUGGCGGGAAGCAUUUCUCCUGAGCUUGAAGAACGGUUUGAAGACUUCGAUAGCCGUGGUUUCACUUAAGAGACCCGAUGGGAAACGAGCGCAGAUCAUCUCUAUGAUAAUUUGCAUUGCGACCUCCAGUAUCGGCAUUGAGGCGUGCGCUGGUCCCCUGGCAUUCGCCUACCUCAAGAGCGUGUUGAAAUAUACGCAAACUCAAUACGUGGUCUACACAACAUUUUCUAUGGUCCUCGCUUUCGGAGCCCUCUUUCCCCUCGUCGCACUCACCAAGCUCCUCAAGCUUAGCGCUCCUGCGAUGGUUUCUCUAGGACUGGCGUUUUUCCUCGCAAAAUUCGCACUUCUGAGCCUGACGGAAUUCGACGAAAUUUUUUUCUACGUCCAGAUCCUCGUCGGCAUCCCCAUUGUUCUUACGUCGCUCUCCGCGCGUUCGCAUCUGACAGACCUUGUGGAUAAGGCAGAGGUUGCAGUAGUCAUGUCAUUAACGUCACUAAGCGAGAAGCUACUCCCUCUGCUGAGUGCUUCACUGGGAACCGGUAUCUUCGCCAUGACGAGCUCUUCCUUUCCGGGCUGUUUCUACCUCGUCAUCAGCAGCAUAUUCAUCUUCCCCAUAGUCUUGAGCCUAUACUCCACCUGGAUUUUCCGUCGUAGCAAGAGAGAUGAAAAAAAUCAUACCCAUCUGUAAAUUCAGCGUAAACUCGCUUAUAUUGUAGCGCUUCCAAUGAGAAAACCCUCAACUUUCUGAUAGUCGAAUAUCAGUGUCGGUAUGAUCGACUCGUAAAUGUGAUACAAGCGGUACCCAUGGGAAAUAUGCGAUUACUAUGUGAUCUUCCUCCGAAGACGUGAUACGCGUGGAGAGAGCUCGAAAUAAAUACGCUCUGUUAAU